AUGUGGCUGCUGCAGGUUUUCCUCGCGGCUGCAGCCCUCUGCUCGCAUGGAGCUGCACAAAAGCUCACGCAGCCAAGACCCUCCACAAGCAGCAGAGCGGGGGCAACUGCACGUAUUGACUGCCAGUUUUCUGGGUCAGACUUCCAGAAUAUGGACAUCCACUGGUACCAGCAGAAACCCGGUGAAGCUCCAACCCACAUUUUGUAUGUGCUGGUAGGAGACCCUGUAAUCGAUGAACAGGCCAAUAAAGAAUUAUUUCAUGCAGACAAGAAGGCCUCGACACUCAUUUCUACUCUGACCAUAAAACGAGUAACAAAGCAGCAGGAGGCAACAUAUUACUGUGCUUUCUGGGACGACACAACCACAGAAAACCUUUGCACAGCCUAUACAGAAACCUCCUCAGGGCUGUCAGCCCCGGGAAGCCAGGGUUUGAAAGCUCGCCUCGUGGUGGCAGGAUGUGUUUUGGCACAAGCCUUGCAGCAAACUCCAAUAUCCAUCACCAAGCCAGAAAGCAAAACAGUGCUCAUCAACUGCCAUGUGUCAGCUGCUGACUUUGCCACUACUUUUAUUCACUGGUACCGAAAGAGGGUGAAUGCCGCUCCUGAGCGCAUUGCCUACAUGUCAUCCAGGCUCUUCCUUGAAAAUAACUCCGAUGAUGGGAAGUUCAGUAUCGAGAAGGACCACUUCCAAUUUGUCUGCACCCUGACAGUCAGCAAAGUAACCCCACAAGACGCUGCCACCUACUACUGUGCUAGAUGGGAUGCACAGCAGUCAAAAGACAUAGGCGACCUGUACAAAGGAAAAGAAAGGAAAUAA